AUGACAGAAGAAACUGUGGUAGAGGAAAUCAAUUACGAGGAACAAUAUGGGGUGCUUGUCGAAGAGAAUAAAAAGUUGAAGAUUGAUAUUUCAAGUUUGCAGUUAAGCAAUCGAAGUCUUGUCAAUCAGAAUAGGGAUGAGAAAAAAAAGGUUAUGGAUUGUCGUUUGCAGAUUGCUGAUUUAGAAGGGCGUCUUAAGGCGUUCGAUGCCACAAAGCAGGAAUUAGCCGAUUCACAAGGACAAUGUGAACGUGUACGUAUGACAUUAGAAAGUUGUGAAGCUAAAUUAGCUGAUGCUGAAAGGCGUGCAGAUGAAGCAUCCGGUUUGAUAAAGAUCAAGGAUAGCAUUAUCGUGAAACAAAGCAAUUUCACAAAGGAGAUUGAAGAACGCUUGAGAAAUAUCACGGAGGAACGAGAUAAUUUGUUACAUAAAACCUCUAAUCUAGAGACGGAAUUAAAUAUAGCUAUUGUUAGAGGUGAAGAUGCUGAUGACUUAAAAGAACGAUUGAAGGCGUUACAGGAACUUUUUGAUAAUCUGGUCAAUGACCGUUCCCAAACAACUAGUGAGAGUGGAUUAGCUGCUGCUAAUGAGUAUUUCAAAUCCGAACAGGCUAAAUCUGAAAACCGUAUCGCAGAACUUAAAGAAGUUAAAAGUGGAUUGGAGCAAAAGAUUGAAGAACUAUGUGGUGAUAAAAAGCAACUACAAAUACAGUUGGAACAACAACUAGAUGAAUAUGAGAAGCUGGGUGAGAAAUGCGCGACUCUGGAAGCACGUAUCAAGGAAAUGGCACAUUCUGAAAGAAGAUAUGGUGGUGGUAUGCUUGGCGGUCGUCUGAUUGGACCCACUUUACCUCCAUGGAUCGCUGAUGACAAAAAGCUGGAAAACGAUCUAGAACGACUUUCAAAGACUGAUCCUGCUACUCUGCGUGCAAAGGUCAUGGAACUAGAAAGCCAAGUCAACGAGCUUAAUCAACUUCUGACUUAUCGGGAAGACGUGAUUCUCCGUAUUCAUGAGAAUACUUAUCGUUUAUUCGGAAAUAUCGAAAAGGCUUCAAAACUCGAAGCCGCCGAUGUUGAACGUUCAAGUCUUACAGCUCAAAUCAGUAUACUGAAACGCGAGUUGGCAACGGCUCGUGAAGACUUAGCUCGUCGAGGAGUAGGUCCUAUUGAAUUAGAAACUGAAAUUGAACGUUUACGAAGUAAACGAGAUAGAGAAUAUCAACGACGCAAGCGAACUGAAACCGACUUAGAGAACAUGGAAAAAGAAAACCAGGAGUUGAAACAAAGAAUCAAGAGACUAGAAGAAGCAGCGAUAGCUACUCCUCCUAAACCAAUAAUUCCUCAAAGUGAUCCUUCUGAUAGAAAUAAAAUCAUUGAGCUACAAGGCGCUGUUAAUCAACUUCGAAUGGACAAUGAAGCUAAGCGAUCGGAGCUUUUCGACCUGCGAUCACGAUUUGAUGCUAAAUCUGCACAGGUUGAUAAAAUGUCUGCCGAGUUUAAAACAAAAGAACGCCUUUGUUCCGAGCUCACAACUCAGCUUGCAAAUACUCGUGGCCAGCUGGAAAAUACUAUAAAAGAGCUGGAAUCAGUCCGAUGCAGAGCUGUGCGCGGUGGUGCGGAAGUUGAACGUUGGCAUUCAGACCUAACAAGUUUGCAAACUACCAAUAAAUUUCUUUCUUCACAGUUAAACGAUUUGAGAAAUAAAGUAAUUGCGAAAGACAAAAUGAUUGUCGAACUAGGCAAACGUUGUGAAAGUAUUCUAAAUAGUCAUCCUAUUCAAGCUCACCAAGAGCCACAUGUGAGCGUUAACGGAGAUGAAGGUGUGUGCUCACGUUGUCAGGAGCGUCUGUUUACUGAAGACAAUCAACAGUCUAAUGAACUGGAUAUAAUUUCUCAGCUUAAAGCUAAACUGUCUUCAAUGGAGGAUCGUUGUAAAACCUUAAUGGCUGAAGCAGUUCAAACCCAACAGGCAAAUGAGAAUGUAAAAUCUCAGUUGGAGUCCGAACUUGCUAAUGCCCAACAGUCUGUACAAAAGUUGUCCGAAGAAGUUGCCCGAGAAAAAGAGACAGCAUACAAUUCAACCUCUCGUGUCCAAGAACUCACUGCUCAAGUAAAUAAGUUAGAAACAGACCUUUCUCAAACCAGAAUGCAACUAAUAGAAGCUCAGUCAGAUCAUCAAAAGAAAACGAUAUCAAUGCGAAGUACUAAUGCUGUGAAUAAUGUCAAAUCGAAUUCAAAGAGUAAUCAGGAUCAUUCAUCCGGUGGGCGUCAUUAA